AACCUUGCCGCAACAGCCCCGGGACAUGCGUCUUCCCCUGGCCUCUCACAGGAUGACUGAGACUCCGUACAGAGAAAAAACAGCUAGAAGAGUGACAUCUCUCUAUGAUUCUAGAUGAGGCCACCUCUAAGAACAAGAAGCUCGAGGAGGACAUCUAGGGCUUUUGCAGUCAGAGUUGACUUCAACUCAAAAAUGUCAAGCUGGAACCAGACCCCUUAUCCCUCUGGACAGAAUGCUGCUCCUACCACACUGGUCUGCCCCCAAGCCCCUCAGACAAUGAACACACAGCCUCAAACCCGCUCUCCGCCCAGCAGAACAGUGCCAAUACAUUGCACAGACACCUGGAAGAGGAGGAAGGUUUUGGAACAGACUCCCGUUUACAGGUCCCUGGCUGGAAGAGGCUGGAUAAAAUACUGCAUUUUUGCAGCGGGGCCUCGACCUGCCCAUCACCAGGGAGGAUUCAGGCCCAUCCAGUUUUUCCAGAGGCCUCAAAUACAGCCUCCCAGAGCCACCAUCCAGAACAGCAAUCCUUCCAUCCGCCCUGGUGCCCAAACCCCGACUGCAGUCUAUCAAACCAAUCAGCAUAUCAUGAUGGUGAACCAUCUGCCAAUGCCGUAUCCAAUGCCUCAAGGUCCUCAGUACUGUAUACCGCAGUACCGACACAGCGGCCCGCCGUACGUUGGGCCGCCUCAGCAGUAUCCUGUUCAGCCGCCCGGGCCGGGCCCCUUUUACCCAGGACCGGGACCCGGAGAAUUCCCCAAUGCCUUUGGGACGCCUUUCUACCCAAGUCAGCCAGUGUAUCAGUCAGCGCCUAUCAUUGUGCCUACCCAGCAGCAGCCUCCUCCAGCCAAGAGAGAGAAAAAAACGAUACGAAUCCGAGACCCAAAUCAGGGGGGGAAGGAUAUUACCGAGGAGAUCAUGUCCGGAGGGGGAAGCAGGAAUCCCACUCCCCCCAUAGGGAGACCGACAUCCACACCUACUCCACCUCAGUUUUUAUGUUCGCACGCUCAUUAUCACCCUUUUUUGUACUUCAAAUCGCAGCAGCUGUCCAGCCAGGUCCCAGAGCACAGCCCUGUGGUUUACGGGACUGUGGAGAACGCUCAUCUUGCUGCCGGCACCCCCGCAACUGCGGCUAGCGACCCGAAGCCAGAAGAGAAGCCAAAACCCGAUCCAGUAUUAAAGCCUCCUUCCCCGGCUCUGCGGCCAGAGCCCAGUGAAGAGAAGAAAGAACAACCCGGUCAGACCUGUGAGGCGACAUCAGUAGAUCCUCCGCCGGCCCUUCCUCCUCUUCGGGCACCAACCACUGUCACCGCAAUCCCUGUCACUCCUCCUUCUCCUCCUCCUUCUCCCUCCCCCCCCCCUCCUCCUCCUCCUCCUCCACCUCCACCUCCGUCCCCUCCUCCCGCCAGCACUUCUCCCAUCGCUUCCAGCCAGCCUACAUCCACAGAAGACGCCGACGACGCCCAUGAGCUUCCUUCCACGGAAGAGGAGACAGUUCCCGUAUGCAGUCCCGCCCCCUGCGCAGAACCACCAGACCCUCUGCCGCCAAAAGACACCGAUGUUGAUAUAUGCAAGGAACCCAGUAGCGUAGCAUCUAGUGACAUUCCCGUGACUGUUAGCGCUAAUCUAAUUAAUGAAAUGAAUGGCAUUAGUGACAAAGUACCUGCUGCUGCAGAAAACGUGGUAGAAAGAGUAAAAGUGGAGGUCUUGCCAUUGACUGUGGAAUUGGAGAUCCCGGAAAGCUGCGUGGAGGAAGAAGUGCAAGAGGAGAGCGUGCCGGCUCCCGACGGUCUUUCCGUCGUCUCUUCCGUCUCUCCGAUGCCUCCGUCUCCGCCGGCUUCCCCCCCUCCGGCUCCAGCUGUUGUCACUGUUCCUGCUGCUCUCACAACAGCUCCCACUCCUAACGCUCCCUCUCCCGUCCAGGACGUUUUCGAGGAAGAGGAGAGCGAAAGAACUUCCCUUAGUGAUGAUUCGAAGGAAACUCAAGAGAAAGGAGAGGUGGAAGCUGAUGGGGAAGAGGAAGCCAUCGAGGAAGCCCAGAGCCCACUUCCAGCCCUAACAGCUCUAGCUGCACCAAAGACGUGGAAGAAACCAAAAGAUCAGCCCCAGACCACCGAUGAGGUGUUAGAGGAAGAAUCGGAGUCUAAAGAAGAGGAGCUCUCAGGUGACAAAGAACCGGACUCAGAAGAGGAUAAAAUGAGCCACGUAUUCCCUGCAGAGAGAGACCCCCCUGACCUUAAGAAAGCAAAUGCGGUGGAAGAAAACGGGGAGCAAGAAGCCGAGCCCGUCCGCAAUGGUGCUGAGAGCGUUUCUGAGGGCGAAGCAGCUGAUGCCGAUGCCAACUCUGGCUCUACUUCUUGUUCCGGCGAUGUGGUGGCCUGCCCGCUGAAACCAGAGCCCUGUAAGCCUGCUCCCAAUACUGAAGGGAAGAAGCAGUAUGACAGGGAAUUCCUGCUGGAUUUCCAAUUCAUGCCAGUCUGUAUACAGAAACCAGAGGGAUUGCCUCCCAUCAGUGAUGUGGUUCUUGAUAAGAUCAACCAACCCAAAUUGCCGAUGCGAACUCUGGAUCCCCGGAUGCUGCCACGAGGGCCAGAUUUUACCCCUGCCUUUGCAGAUUUUGGGCGGCAGGCCCCUGGUGGAAGAGGUGUCCCUAUUUGCAAAGUACAGAGCAGGCACCGAUUGCCACUCCUGGAGCAGGGCAAAGCCCCACUGUGUCCCCCACUGGUGAUGUCGCACCCACCACUGAAGAGCCUGCCUUUAGGGUUAUUGACCGUUGGAGCCCGAAGAUCUCAACCGGGCCAGAGGCGAGAGCCCAGAAAGAUCAUUACUGUGUCAGUGAAAGAAGAUGUCCACCUGAAGAAAGCAGAGAACGCAUGGAAACCUAGCCAGAAGCGAGACAGCCAGGUGGAAGACCCCGAAAAUAUCAAAACCCAGGAACUGUUCCGCAAAGUGAGGAGUAUCUUAAACAAAUUGACGCCGCAGAUGUUCAACCAGUUGAUGAAACAAGUGACCGAAUUGACUGUGGACACAGAGGAGCGACUGAAAGGAGUCAUUGACCUGGUCUUCGAAAAGGCGAUCGACGAACCCAGUUUCUCAGUGGCUUACGCGAACAUGUGUAGAUGUCUUGUGACGCUGAAAGUGCCCAUGGCAGACAAGCCGGGUAGCACAGUGAAUUUCCGCAAGCUGCUUCUGAACCGCUGCCAGAAGGAAUUUGAAAAAGAUAAAGCAGAUGAUGAUGUCUUUGAGAAGAAGCAGAAAGAACUUGAAGCUGCCUCUGCUCCGGAGGAGAAAACAAGACUUCACGACGAGCUGGAGGAAGCGAAGGACAAAGCCCGGCGGAGAUCCAUCGGCAACAUCAAGUUCAUCGGGGAGCUCUUCAAGCUCAAAAUGCUGACGGAAGCCAUCAUGCACGACUGCGUGGUGAAGCUCCUAAAGAACCACGAUGAAGAAUCCCUGGAGUGCUUAUGCCGCCUGCUCACUACCAUUGGCAAGGACCUGGACUUCGAAAAGGCAAAGCCUCGAAUGGACCAAUAUUUUAAUCAGAUGGAGAAAAUUGUGAAAGAGAGGAAAACAUCUUCUAGGAUUCGAUUCAUGCUUCAAGAUGUGAUAGACCUAAGGCUGUGCAACUGGAUAUCCCGAAGGGCUGAUCAAGGACCGAAAACUAUUGAGCAGAUUCAUAAAGAAGCCAAAAUUGAGGAACAAGAAGAGCAAAGAAAAGUCCAGCAGCUCAUGACCAAAGAUAAGAGAAGGCCAGGUGUUCAAAGAAUUGAUGAAGGCGGAUGGAACAUGGUCCAAGGGACAAAGAACAGCCGGGUGCUGGACCCUUCCAAAUUCCUUAAAAUUACCAAGCCUACCAUAGAUGAGAAGAUUCAACUUGUGCCUAAAGCCCAGUUGGGCAGCUGGGGAAAGGGCAGCAGUGGUGGAGCAAAGACAUGUGAGACUGACUCCUUACGAUCAAGUGCUACUAGUCUGAACAGAUUCUCCGCUCUGCAACCUCCAGUGCCACCUGUGUCCACCUCAUCUGCAUCUUUGGAGUUUGACUCUCGCCGGGCCUUAACUAGUCGUGGAAGCGUGGGCAGGGAGAAGAACGACAAGCCACUUCUUUCUUCGGCAACCCGUCCCAACACCUUCUUGCGGGGCAGUAGCAGUAAAGAUCUCUUAGACAAUCAGUCACAAGAGGAACAACGACGAGAGAUGCUCGAAACCGUGAAGCAGCUCACGGGAGGAAUGGAUGUGGAGAGGAACAACUCGGAGGGAGACCGCAACAAAGCCAGGGACCCAGCCAAACCUGAAGUUGCCAGUAUUCCAGCUCCAGAAAAGUUUGCCCUGUCAGAAGAAGAAAUGGAGAGAAAGUCCAAGUCCAUCAUUGAUGAAUUCCUGCACAUUAAUGAUUUUAAGGAAGCCAUGCAGUGUGUGGAGGAACUAAAUGCCCAGAAUCUAUUGCCUGUUUUCGUGCGAGUGGGUGUGGAAUCUACCCUGGAGAGGAGUCAGAUCACCAGGGAUCACAUGGGCCAGUUACUACAUCAACUGGUGCAGGCCGAGAAACUGAGCAAACAGGAUUUCUUCAAAGGAUUUUCAGAAACCUUGGAGUUGGCAGAUGACAUGGCCAUUGAUAUUCCCCAUAUUUGGCUGUACCUCGCUGAACUGGUGACCCCCAUGUUAAAAGAAGGAGGAAUCUCUAUGAGAGAACUUUUAACAGAAUUUAGCAAACCUUUACUUCCUGUUGGAAGAGCGGGAGUCUUGCUUUCUGAAAUAUUGCACCUUCUAUGCAAACAAAUGAGCCAUAAGAAAGUGGGAGCCUUAUGGAGGGAGGCUGGCCUCAGUUGGAAGGACUAUUUACCUGAAGGGGAGGAUGUACAUAACUUCCUUGUGGAGCAGAAAUUGGACUUCAUAGAGUCUGAUUGUUCCGGUUCUUCAGAAGCACUUUCAAACAAGGAACUCUCUGCUGAAGAUUUAUCCAAGCGGCUAGAGAAACUCAUUAUCGAGGAUAAGGCGAAUGACGAGCAGAUCUUUGACUGGGUAGAGGCUACUCUAGAUGAAAGCCAGAUGAGUUCACCUACAUUCCUUAGAGCUUUAAUGACAGCAGUCUGUAAAGCAGCUAUUAUAGUGGACUGUUCUACCUUCCGAGUGGACACCGCUGUUAUCAAGCAGAGAGUGCCGAUCUUACUCAAGUACCUGGACUCAGACACAGAGAAGGAACUGCAAGCACUUUAUGCCCUACAAGCAUCAAUAGUAAAACUUGAUCAGCCUGCCAAUUUGUUGCGGAUGUUUUUUGAUUGCCUGUAUGACGAGGAGGUGAUAUCAGAGGAUGCCUUCUACAAGUGGGAAGGCAGCCAGGACCCGGCAGAACAGAACGGGAAGGGAGUCGCCCUGAAGUCCGUCACGGCCUUCUUCACCUGGCUACGGGAAGCGGAAGAGGAGUCGGAGGAUAACUGAAACUUCAAAUAUACGAAAUGAAACAAAAAAAAAAAAAAAAAAGAAAAAAAAAAAAGAAACAAUUUAAGUAUUUUUUUAAAAAGUUUCACGUCUUCGCCAAUCACAGUGCAGCCAGGCCAAUUCUCGCGCAGAUAUUCCCCACGUGUGCACGAGUGGGAGAGGGGAAAGAGAGACAAAAAAAAAAGAAAGGUGAUCAUGGAGGAAAAAGGUACUGAGAAAAGGAAACGGCAAACCUGAGGGCGGGAGCACUAAACCAAAAUACAUGUAUUAUUUAUAGAAAAUAUUUUCCGUUUUAAUCUUUUCUUUUUAAAACAAGGACUCAUAACUUUAAAGACCACAGAUCUGUUUAGCAAAAAAAAAAAAAAAGUUGAGAACUUUUAAUUUAUUAUUUUAAGGACUGCAAAUGCCUGUGUAAUUUUUCAAUUUGCAGUUUCUGUAAACAAAUUGUAAAAUAGAAAAGCAGAGAAAUAAAUUUCCCUCCCCUUCAGAUGCCCCUCACUUUUGUUUCCAAGCAAAGUAGGUAGGCCAGACUUGAAGGGGCCUGGGGUGAGCUAGUGGAGAGAGGUUAUUAUUAUUUUUUUUUUUGCCAUCAAGUCUUUCUGCCUGCCUCCCAGCUUGCUUCAGAAAUUAAAAAUCGAAGUAGUAAUCCAAACGUACGUAACCUUGGAACCGAAGGAAGUGCAUUUGAGGAAAAUUCUGUGGACCCACAGUGCUCUAAGAAUAACCUGUUCCCCGAAAGUGCUACCCUGAGAAAAGUACUCUUAAUACUUUCCAAACCUUUAGAGCAACUUUAAACCUUGUAAAUACAUAGAACAAAUAUUUAAAAAAAACAAAUUGACUCAAUACUAUUUCUUUUCACUUUCAAACUAUAAAGAACAAAAUAAAGACAAACGUUGCAAGUUUAAAA